AUGAUUCUCACAUUCAUAAGUACAAUAAGGUAUAUACCUGUUCUGGCAAUCAAAUUAUGCACAUGAUUACAUUGUGCCAUUUUCUGUUCAUUUUAUUUAAUAAAUAUUAUAAAAUAUAUAUAGUUCCUACAUUAAAAAGUUUAAUAACAAAAAGGUCAUCAAGUUUAGAUUAGUGUCAGAUUAGGAUUUGAUUAGGGUUAGAUUAAGAUUAUAUUGCGGUUAGGGGUUAGAGUUGGGGUUAGAUUAAGGUUAUAGGUUCAUCUAUCCCAAUAAGUUAUUGCGCGAAUUUAUUGUAUUGAUAAUUUCGGACGUGUUUAACAAUUUACUCAUAUAUAGUAAAUUCAAAGUUCGAGAUCAUGCUGCAUCUUAAUUUAACCCAGUAUCAAGUUCAUUAAACUUAGAUGUAAGAUUUGAUCGAAAGGUUGUUUCUUUUUUUAUCCUUUUCAUUUGUAUCAGAAUAUAAUUCUUCUAUAUCGUCUUUUUGUAAUUAGUUUAGAACAAAAACAUAUACUAUUAAUCGUAGAGCAAAUGUAAGUGAAAUUAAAAUUGUUGACAUCCUGUCUCACAUUUUUUGUAGUAACGGAAGUGUAAAAGUUAUAUUUCGAGUCAUUGUAAAAGUCUUGAAACCUUCAAAAGAGACAAGCGAUGUUGUUGCCGUGAAAGUUGGUCGGAAAAUUAUUAAACAGUUAAAGACGGGUCGUAUUGGUAACAUCCUGGUCAUUCCUGAUGCCAUAAAGCUCAACGGUAAUACAAUUUAUUCCCCGAAAAUCAUAAGUAAUUAAUGAACUGCAUGUAAACGAUUCACGACCAGUGACUCAAUCUCGAAAUUCACUAAAAAACAUGUGCAUAUAAUUCAAGGCAUUUGCAAUGUACACAUGUCAAAUGAAUAUAAUUAUGUCACAAGCUAUAUACUAGCAUUGUUAGUUUUGCCUUUGGUACAGGUCGUCGUACCUCUUUAACAUUUAAUUAUCCCCAAUACAUGAUACAAAUGCUCGACACAAGUGCUCAACAAGUAACCCCUCCAUUUAAGGGUUAGAUAAUUGUGAAGAAGGAAAAUGGAGGACUUGGUAGCUGAAACCCUGACGUUGUAGAAACAACCUGACUCUAAUUGUAUAAGGUUCCAAGUAUUUACCUUACUCAAGUUAGUAGUAAACACAAAUCCAGAGAUAAGGGAAAGCCCGUAUUCGCAGGUCACGCUUUGUCACCCAGAAAUUACUCUUUGCAAAACCAACCAAGAAACUAUAUUUGGUGCGCCUUUUGAUCGGCCAACAAAAGUGUCUUGUAGGGCAACAUUUAUCCAUCUAGCCAAACGUACUUGCCAUCCAUACACAAAAUCGUAGCAAUUAGCAAAGAAUUUAAAUCACAUGACUGUAUACAUCUGUAUAUCUGAAUGACAAUGAAAUAAAUGUACGAGGAGAAAGUUAGUUUAGGGUAUAUAAUUCCAUCUUGAUCCUCGUUUUUCGUUCUUCAUGAAACGAGAUUCUGACAGUGGUCUGUAUAUGAAAGUCAAUAGUAAAAUGAAUAAUUAAAUAAUUAUUGAUACAGUAUUUUUCACAAGCUCUUGUUUGUGCUUUAUCGCUAUCUAGUUCCACCGCCUCCACCAGCCAACGUCACAUAUUCCGAUGUAAGAGAAACAAGAGUACAUAUUUACUGGGACCCACCUGAACUUCAUGAAAUGUUCUCCAUCGAGAGAUAUUACAUUACGUAUCUAAAAUAUGGCCAGAAGAUUUGGUCGAAUAACACCAUCAAUGGUGACCAAUUAACCAAUUUUCAAGUGGAUAACUUGGAAAGUGAUACAUUUUACAUUCUAAGGAUAAUUGCUGGGAAUGAAUAUGGCCUUGGUAAAGAAAGCAAAAGAAUGGAAAUUAAGACGAUGAAAGUUAAAAGUACUUUUACUAUUACUAUUACUAUUACAAUUACUAUUACCAGGCGCGCCGGAGCUACGCGGGCAACGGGGGCAGCUGCCCCCGUUGCCUAAACAUGCCUAAAUGAAAUUGGUUUGACGAGCGGUACGAUAGCAUGGUUUGUGUUUGAGCUAAAAGAUGAAUUAAGGAAGUCGGUCUUUGAUUUUGAUGGAGACGCUGAAGUGUUUUUAACCUUUAAAGUGAAGUGUUCAAUAUAUCAGACAUAUAAUAAGGGCUAAUGCAAGAAAAUACAAAAAUAUUGACAGUUUGUCUAAUAAAACACGUCCUGCGAGUUUAUUAAUUAAACGACUCGAACACGACCAAAAAUUCAAUAGAUAUAUACUGCCUUAUUAGUAUUCUUUAUAUAAAGAAUACUAAUGAGGACACGACCAAAUAUACAAUAGGUACUGCCCUAUUAGUAUUCUUUAUAUAAAUAAUACUAAUAGGGCCGUACCUAUUAUAUAUAUAGUCGUGUCCUGAUUAGUAUUCUUUAUAAUUAUAAAGAAUACCAAUUAGGAGUGUUUUAUCAGGUUUAAAGCCACUGCACGUGACAUAUUAUGGUUGACAUGGUUUUCCAAUAAGCUUAUGAAUUAUUAAUGAGUGUUUGAAGACAAAUUAAUAGAAUGGUCAGAAUAUAUAGAAUACGAAAAUAUGAAAGUAGUAAAUAUAUAAUAUAAUAUGACUGUAAAUUAUGGUUAAUGGUUAAUUUUAUAAAUGGAUUAACUUCAAUAUAUUUAUAGUCCAAUCUGACUACUAUAUUUUAGUUGUUUCACCAUGGUACUACAUUGGUCCUAUCAUUGCCGUUGCUUGUGUUACGUUACUGGUGACUAUUAUAUGUUUGAUGAGACGUGUUUCAUUCAGUGGUGCUUGGAAACUUGUAGAAGAUGGAAAACUCAAAACGGAUAAAAAAGAAGCAAAGGUAAGUGUGCAUAACUCAAUGCCUUCGUUUUAUUACAUUUAAUGACAUGCAUCAUCGCAGUUUCUUUAGCAUCAUGAAAACAUUAUGACCAGCCGGCCCAAAAGAAUGAGCAUGCUCCAAGAGAAGAGUUCGAGUAUGAACACAAUGUGCUGAACAGUUAUAGUAAUAAUAAGAUUUAUAAAACAGUUGCUCCAUGUUGCGUGAUUCUAACGUUGGUUCAUUAAUUACUUCAAAUAAAUUAGUACAUACCACCAAACGAUACAAAAGACAACCGAAAUCACUACUUUCAGAUGGGUUAGUGGUGUCAUAAUGUGCGUUACAGUCACCAAUAAGAAAAACAAACCUAUUUGGCUGAGUAUAAAUUUUGUCCAAACAUGCAUGUUUGCAAACUGCUACCCUCAAUUUAUAGAAGAGCAGUUUUUAUUAUCAUCUAUGUUUCAUAUUUAAGUGCAUGUAUAAUAAAAUAUAGAUUUUGAUAUCUUUAAGAGUUUUCACUACUCUUUACGUGAUUCUGAACUGGUAGAAAAGAAUAUAUUUAGAACCACUGUAAUCUAUGUGCGUUUUCGUAUUUUAAUCGUAUAGUUGACUUAUGGAACAAUGUACCGCUGACGAUUCGUAAAGUUGAUAGCUAUGGCACUUUGAGGAGAAACAUCAUUGAAUAUUACACAAAAAAAAUCACGAUAAUGUAGAUGUUUUUUGGGAAAAUAAUGUAAAAUAGAUUCAGUGGUAUAAUAUAAUUUUUUGAUUUUUUAUCAUACAGAUGAAUUAUUCAUGUCAGGCAGAUAUCUUGUAAGGAACGUUUAGUUUGGUAUAACUGUCCUUAUAAUAACAUUUUUGUAUUUUCGAUAGGCCUAUUCAAGAAUGUUUAAUUAAACUGAGUAAAUAAAUCAAUAAAUAAAAUUAAAAUAUAUAAUUCUCCAAAAUAAAACUUUCUCCCUUUUUCGGGUGUGGCAGGCUCUCUGGGAUUUUGAAAAUUAUUUAACCAUAACUAUUCUACAUAUUUAACCAUAACUAUUCUAUAUAUUCUACUCUAUGUACGUCACAAAAUUUGGAAAAUAUAACACUCAGUCGUACAUGUUAGACUAUGUACUUUCCUUAAAAAGAUGCGGGGAGGAGGGGUCGGUAUGGAUAGAAAUAAUUUAACCUGUGUUGCUCUCCGGGCUACGUCUCUAUGACUAUGAUUCGGAAGAGGGACUAUUAUGACAAUAAGAGAAAAGUUUAUCUAUUUUAAAUAUAAUCACUUUUUAGACCACUUUUCAAAUGAUGGAACGGAAUAGACAAAAUGAAAAUACCUACAUAAACUUGGCAUUUUCAGCCUCUCUGGCAAACUCAGCAUGGAAGGAAAUUCUAAGAACAUCAAUUGAAAUAUCGAACGAAACACUAAUUCCUGGUGAAUUUGGCAUUACAACUAUACGAGGAACCCUUUCAUGCCCCCAUGAGAAGAAGAAAGAGGCGUGUUCUGUUAAAAUGCUCAAAGGUAACUAA